GCUCCCUUUGCAACUGCCGCCCUCCCCCAGCACCUCUCCUGCGUUCAGCACCCACCUGAGUCCUCACCCCGCAUGGGGAUGGGGCGGCACUUGAACUCAGGCGCCCUGGCUGCAGAGCGCCGCCCGCGCCCUUGAAAGCCCAGAGUGUAUGGCUGGGUGACGGUGGCACCUGUCUGGCUGGGUGGCGGUGGGUGAGGGUGGGUGGCGGUGGGUGGCGGCGGGUGGCGGUGGGUGCCCGUGGGGCCCUGUGCGGGCCGGGAUGGAACCCCCCGCCCUGCUGCUCUGGCUGCUGGUGUCGCGGCUCGGGGCUCGGACCUGCGGCCAGGGGGUGGCUGCGUCCCGGCCGCGGUCGGCCCCGUUCCUCAACAACUCGCUCUUCGCGGGCGCGCUGUACCGGCACCUGCAGGCGCGCACCCCGGGGCACAACGUGCUCUUCUCGCCGCUGGGCGCCGCGCUGCCGCUCACGCUGCUGGGCCUGCUGGCCGCCCCCGAGCCUCGCGCGCAGCUGCUGCGGGGCCUGGGCUGGGUGCGCGUCGGGGCGCCCAUGGGAGACGCGGACCUGGCGACCUACUCGCGGCCCCUGCACGCCCUGCUGGCCCCCGGCUGCGGCCCCCAGACCCGCACCCGCACCCGCAGCGCGCUCUUCGUGGACCAGCGGCGCUUCCUGCGGCCGCACUUCGUGCAGGUGGCGGCCUCGCUCUUCCUCAUGGACGUGGUGCCCGUGUCGCUGAGCGGCUACGACGCGGCCCGCGGCCAGGUGGGCGCCUACCUGAGCGAGCGGCCCUACGGCGGCCUGGGCCUGAGCGUCCGCAUGCUGAUCCGCGCCGUGAGCCCCGACUGGGCCUUCCACCUGGCCAACUACGCCGCCUUCGCAGGCAAAUGGCAGUUCCUCUUUAACUCGAGCCACACGGAGAGCCACCCCUUCUGGCUGACAGAGGAGUCCAUGGUAAUGGUGCCCACCAUGCAGCGCCUGGGCGACUUCCAGAUCAAACGCGACCAGCACCUGCACAGCCACAUCCUCCGCCUGCCCUUCAGCUGUGGCGCCUUUGCCAUCUUCAUCCUCCCCGACUCGGGCCACUUCAAGGAGGCGGAGCUGGCGGUGAUGGCGGACCCUCUGAGCAUGUCCACUCAGUCCCUUCCCAGGAGCAGGUACAGGCUGUUUCUCCCAAAGUUCUCCCUCAACGGCACCGCCCAGAUGGACCAGCUGUUGCCCGCAGUGGGCAUCUCGGAGAUCUUCAGGCACAGGAUGGGUAUCAGAGGCAUAUCCGUGCAGACGUCCCCCAUGAGGCUCUUCAAGGUGGCGCAUGGGGCAGGCCUGGCCAUCGAGGAGGACGGAGUGCAAGUGGAGGACUUGAGCUACUUGGAGAACCAGGCUGGGCUCUCUUUCCCACUGAUCCAUUUCAACAGGCCCUUCCUGGUGAUGGUCCUGGAAGAAACCAACACCAAUGUUCUCUUCCUGGGGAAAUUGAUGAACCCCCUUGUAGGGACAGCCAGCUGGGAGCAGAGCACGUGACUCCUCCCGCCACCACCACCCUCCUCCCUGUGGGGUUCCUGCCCUGGCAGACCUGGGCCCACAGAGGUGGACCUGUGCCCUAUGCCAUUAGCCUCAUUUCACAGGUCAGCGAACUGAGUCCAGAUGCCAGGGCUCACCGCCCCACUGCCCACCUGUCCUGGAAGCAGCCAGAGACCCCAGUGGCUCUCCCGACCUCCUGCUGACUGCCUUGUCUCUGUAGGGUUUGGGACAGCUCUCUCUGCUCCUGGCUCUCACAGCCUUUCCAGAGUCCACUGGUUUGUAUCCUUCCCAGAAUAAAGUUGCAGUGGUGACUUGA